AUGGCUUACGGCGACUAUGAAUACGAUACUGACCGCGCGCAGCGUGAGAGAUCCCGAUCUCCCCGUCGUCGAUCUCGCAGUCCGCGACGAAGCCGCCGUUCGUAUUCGCCACGCAGUCGAUCUCGGAGUCGUGACCGUGACGAUUACCGCCGCAGCGAUCGCCGUUCUCGUUCUCCUAUGAGUACUGCCCAAGGCCCAGCAGGAGGUCAUUCAGGCUCGGGAUACAGUGGACGCGGUGGCAGCUACCCGCCUCCGCCCAGGUCAUUCGAAGAUCGAGCAGUCGCAAAAGAACAAAUGAUGCAAUCUGUGCGCGACUCGUCCCAACAGGACCGUCGAGUCUAUGUUGGGAACCUUUCCUACGAUGUCAAAUGGCAUCAUCUUAAAGAUUUUAUGAGACAGGCUGGAGAAGUUAUCUUUGCCGACGUCUUGCUUCUUCCCAAUGGAAUGUCGAAGGUGGGCGCCAAUGCGAUUGUGGAAUACGCAACCAGGGAGCAAGCGCAAAAUGCUGUCAACACGCUCAGCAACCAGAACCUGAUGAACCGUCUAGUCUACGUCCGCGAGGACCGCGAACCUGAGCCUCGCUUUUCGGGUGGCCCUGCCCGUGGGGACUUUGGUGGCCCCGGCCGCGGUGGUUUUGGAGGCUACGGUGGCGGCGGCGGUCCCGGUGGUGGAGGAAGACAGCUAUACGUCUCCAACCUCCCUUUCAACGUUGGCUGGCAAGAUUUGAAGGAUCUUUUCCGCCAAGCAGCUCAGCAAGGUACCGUGAUCCGUGCCGACGUUCACACCGACGCGACUGGCCGUCCCAAGGGUUCUGGAAUCGUCGCCUUCGAAUCACCCGAGGAUGCACGCAAUGCUAUCCAGCAGUUCAACGGAUACGAUUGGCAAGGCCGUACCCUUGAGGUCCGUGAGGACCGCUUUGCAGGCUCUGGACCCGGCAUGGGCCGCGGUGGCUUUGGUGGUGGCUUUGGUGGCCGUGGUGGCUUCGGCGGCCGUGGAGGCUUUGGUGGCCGUGGCGGCUUCGGCGGUGGCUUCGGCGGCCGUGGAGGUUUCGGCGGUGGUUACGGCGGUCCUCCCAGUGGUCCUGGUUUUGAGAGCGGCCCUUCAGUGCCUCCCAACCCCUUCACCGAUUAUGCUACCUCCGGCGGCGAGAAGAGCGAUGUAAUUUACGUGCGCAACUUGCCUUGGUCUACUUGCAACGAUGAUCUAGUGGACCUGUUCUCGACCAUCGGAAAGGUUGAGCGCGCCGAAAUCCAAUAUGAGCCCAACGGCCGGUCUCGUGGGACCGGUGUAGUCCAAUUUGAUAGCGCCGACAUGGCUGAGACUUCAAUCGCCAAAUUCACUGGCUACCAGUAUGGCGGUCGUCCCCUUGGUAUCACCUUUGUCAAGUACUUGACCCCGUCUCAGGGUCCGGUCGACCCCAUGGAUGAUGCCCAGCCUACCGGUGGAAUCACACAGGAUCAGAUCAUGUAA